UGUUUAUAUUUCAUCACUGAAGAUGAUUGUGAUCCAGAAUGUGAGUACCAGUUCCCCGGUGAGGAUUAGGAGACAGUGGAUGAAAAGGAUUGAGUGGGGUGUCCUCCUGGGGCUGAUGGUCCUCAUCUAUGCCUCCCACGCACCACUCAUCACUCUCAGCAAGAUAGAUGGUGAAGUCCCUUUCAACCCCUCAUCCUGUGUUGUCAUGAUUGAGUUUGCUAAACUCCUUAUCUCUCUGGUGACUCUUGUUCUAACUGGGGGUACAUCCACCUUACAUGCUCCCCCAUCCAUAGCUGUUGUAGCCCCUUAUGCAGUCCCUGCCGUGCUCUACGCCCUCAACAACAACCUGGUAGUUCUCAUGCAGGCCUACAUGGACCCAAGCUCAUUCCAAGUCCUCUCUAAUCUUAAAAUUGCCUCCACAGCCCUGCUGUACUCAGUUUGCCUGGGUAAGAGGCUCCGGACUGCUCAGUGGUUAGCUCUGGGGCUCCUCAUGGGUGCAGGGGUGUGCCACAGUUACAGCAACCUGGAUCUAGGGGAUUCUGAGAGGACUGACACUGAGGAAGGUCUCAGGCUUCAUAUCACAGCUUGGGGGCUUUUCCUCGUGCUGCUGUACUGCUGUGUUUCAGGGAUGGCAGCAGUUUACACAGAGAGAGUGCUGAAGAGCCAGAAGUUGCCCCUCAGCCUGCAGAACCUCUACCUCUAUGUGUUUGGUGUGGCUAUCAAUGGGCUCUCCUCCUCUUCUUCUGUAGCAAGUGAGAAGAGCUUUCUGGAAGGGUACUCAGGGGUGGUGUGGGCCAUUAUAGCAGGGCAGGCUGCUAACGGACUGCUGAUGUCUGUGGUUCUGAAGCACGGCAGUGGGAUCACCAGACUGUUUGUCAUUUCCUGCUCUAUGUUGGUUAAUGCUCUGUUGUCUUGGGCUAUCUUAGGGCUGCAGCUCACUCCUUUUUUCCUCCUUCCUGUUUCUAUGAUUGGACUGGCAGCUUACCUUUAUUAUACAUAGUCUACACCAAACAUUCUACUAGGUGCAUUUAAUCCAAAAAGAACUUUUAUUACAGUCUAGCUAAACUUCUGUUUUGUAGAUUUUGAGAUUACGUUACAGACAUGAUUCAUUAUCUGCCUUCUCAGUCUGGACUCCAGAAUCCAACACAUGCCAUAUUAUGUCUGAGCAGUCUUAUCAAAUGAUGUAAAUUUCCAUAAUGAUUAAGAGUUGAUUUAAAAUCAUGUGACACUUCUUUUUUGUUUUUAAUCACAUCUUUGCCAACAACAACUGUCAAAGAUAAAAUAAAGUGUUAUACACUGUGUUAAUAAUAGCCA